AUGGCACGGACGCAGACACACUUGGCAAGACGAAACAUUAUUCUCGCUUUGUUGGUGCGUCGUCUGCGUCGCAAGAGGAAGAGGUCUCUGUACAUAAGGGAUAUAUUUGACAAGCGUCCAGAGUGUGGAGAGUACCACCACCUAGUACAGGAGCUGCGGAACUGUGAUCCUGAAUACCAUUUCAAGUACUUCAGGAUGACAAAGGCAUCGUUUGACAAGCUGCUGAGCCUUGUUUACCACAGGCUUGUUCAUCCUCCUACUCACAGGAGACCCAUCUCACCGGCAGAAAGGCUCGCGGUGACAUUGAGAUUUUUGGCCACAGGAGGGUCCAUGGAGGACAUUGCAUUGAGCUACCGAAUGCAUGCAUCUACUGUAGCUAGCGUACUGAAGGAGACAUUGCCAGCGAUCUGGGACUGCUUGAGGCCCCUGGUACUCGCACGCCCAAGCACACAGAGGUGGCGCGACAUAGCAGAGGAAUACUAUGACAAAUGGGAUUUUCCAAACACAAUAGGGAGCAUUGACGGCAAGCAUUUUGCGAUCAAAUGUCCUAACAAGAGCGGCUCAGACUACUACAAUUACAAGGGUUUCUAUUCACUAAUUAUGCUGGCUAUAGCAGACGCCAGUUAUAGAUUUAUAAUGGUGGACAUCGGAGCCCAAGACGCUGCCUACUGCCCUGAUGAGUACAGCGACACGCUGUGCGGCGAGACGGUGCCUGACGGAGAAUGGCGCCGCACUGUCGCUGAAAUUGGCACAAAGACAGUGCCUUCAAACAACCGCCCCACUUCAGCUGCCAUGGCAAUGAGGGACGAAUUAGCAGACUAUUUUAUGUCUGCAGAAGGCUCACUGCCGUGGCAGCUGAAGGUUGUCAGGCGAUGCUAA